CAGAAAAAAAGGGUAAACUAUCAUUUCGUAGCCGCGUGGUAUAAAGACGGCAAUUUGGCCGACGAAAGGCACACUCGGUCACAACACUCGUCUCAGUAAACAUCUAAAUUCUCUUAUCCCGUUUUUCUCCUUAAGUAUAAUGAACAGCUUUGCCGUGUUUUUGGCCUUUGCGCUGGCCGCGGUCGCCGUGGCUGAACCCCCGUCCGGCUACAACUACAACCAACCACGUGGUGGUGGUGGUGGUCACAGCGGUGGUGGCGGCGGCGGUGGAUACCCCCGCGGAGGAGCGUCCGGCUACGUGAGCAGCUUCAGCAGCGCCGGAAGCUUCUCCAGCGGUGGAUUCGGUAGUGGUGGUAGUCUGCAAAAUGUUCCAGUCGGUGGACAGACCAGCGAAGGUCUCCAGGUGGACCAGCAGCUGUUGAACGAAAUCCGUCAGAUUUUGCUGCGUGAGGAAAGCCAGGGAUCGUCCUCGGGAGGAUUCGGCGGUGGCAUUCCAAGCGGUUCGUAUGGUGCUCCAAGUGGUUCGUACGGCGCUCCUGCCCCGGUCUACGGCGCCCCAAGCGGUGGAUCGUCCCGCGUCGUUGGAAUUGAUCUGGAGGGAGUCCGACAGGCCAUCCAGGUUGCCCAGUACCUGCAGACCUCUUCCUCUUCCUCCGGACCAUCGGGCUCUUACGGAGCUCCGUCUGCGCCAUCGGGCUCGUACGGUGCCCCAUCGGCCCCAUCCGGAUCGUACGGCGCUCCGUCGCGUCCUUCGGGAUCGUACGGCGCCCCGUCCUACUAAGAGUGCCACCGGGUUAGCCCUCCAAAAAGCGUAGUGUACCAAAACAAGUGCUCCUGCGGGUACUUCUAGAACCCGCAGGCGUACUACAUCAGCGAACUACCAAAAUACCAAACCUAUUGCGGCAGCUUCCCUGAACCAUCUGGACAACAGAACCCCGGCCAUCGAACCACGGAUUAUGCAACGUACCGUUCAACGAACUUAGCGAUCAAAAAAUUGUCAGAACCAGAAGACUUAGAACAUACCACCACCAUUACAAAGAACAAAAACACGCAACACACAUCCAACUAUCACUAUACUUUCAAAAAAACGAAAACACGGGUCUGAGCGAGCCAAGCCCGGUGCCGCGGAUGUCCUUCUUCCACGCCCCGCAUAUACUCGGCCUGUCCCGUUAUAUAAGGGCCACCCAUCUACUCCUGGCCUGGGUGCGCGGCAGUUGGACAGCCAACGCGGAUGUGUGCUUUGGACCGGCGGACAAAUCGGUGCUGCUGCGAAACCACGAAACCAUUUGGCGAAUCGGACAGUUGGUACAAAUUCACAGCAAUGCACAGGGGACUGAUGGUUUGCGCUAAUUGUCCCCACCAUUCCGAAACCCCAAAAAGGCCGGUCGUGUGCGGUCACCACUAUCAGGACCAAGUCUAGCAAUCUCACCAUCCAAUCGGUGCAUCCCAUAUAAAAAUGGACCAUAUCGGGUGCACCGAUGCACAAAUGACCUGAUAGCUUGCGCGCCCCCACACCAAAUCGGCCACCGUGCAGCAGCAGCAUCGAUUCUGUUCCGCCCGACAUGAGAGAGACUUUACGAGAACAACUUUUAUUUUUUUAAAUUUUGUUUGUUAAACUUGUUUACAUCAUUGUACAUACCUGAAACGUUUUUAAUCUCUCUUUUAUCUAGUUUACUUGUUAUAGUUGUUUUUGUAACCGAGGAAGUGAAACCGAGAAAACAAAAAAACAAAAAAAUAAUAAAAAAAAUCGAAAAAUUUGUCACCGUUAA